UCUGAGCAAAGACUUGGUUGUGGAGAGGUCAUUAUAGACCCCGGCAAUGGGAAGAACAGAAGCAUAAUUAAACUGCCUCCAUGGAGGGUAGCAAGCAAACAACUUUGAGGUCUGCAGAGAAUCUCAGCCUCCCCUCAGUCCAAAUGGUUGUGAUGAAUGCCAGUGCGGACUGCAAUCACUGCAGGGAAAGGGUCUCCAAGGUUGUCUCCAAGAUGAACUUCAUUUGUAGCAGGACUGCUGGAUUACACGUUCGACUUGCGCAACAAAGAGGUGACAGUGACGGGGGUGGUUGUGGACACCAGAAACUGCAAGCAAGCCAAAGGAUCACUGCUUACCAAGAUAAAAAGAUAUCUUCAUGCUCAUUGGCCCUCUUUAGACUGAUCUGUUCUGCUGUGUUUGAAGUCUUCCACAAUGCGUAAUCCCACUCCAUUUAAAGCCUACUAUUAGGAAUUGGGAUCAUGGGCUGAUUUCAUAUAUAAAUCUUAUGUAAAAUCGUAUAUAUACUAUAAAAAAAAGAUUAUGAUAAGAUUACA